AUGGCAGUUGAACGCGCAAAAGCGGUCGCCGCCUUGGGCAACCACGUGGAAGCGGUGGUGGACGAUGCGAAGCUGGGUUUGGAGGACUUCAUCUCGAAGCACCUAGCCGCCGCGCAGGCCAACAUUGCCGCCGCGGUAACUCGCACCAUCGCCGUGCCGCCGCCGCCCCCGCCGCAGCCCACGCCAGCCUUCCCGAACGAGCUCAUGAAGUCGUUCAAGGCGGACGUGUUGAAGGCGGUGACGGAGGCCACCCAGCAGUCGUUUGUUGCGUCCGGGUUAAAGCUCAUGACCGAGGUGAUCGGCAAUGUGGCGGCUGGUCGGCGUGCGUCGUCGCCGUCGGCCAAUGACGCCGAUCCCGCGCAACGAAGGGAGGCCGACAAGCAGGGCCGGAAAAGGGCGGGCGGCGGAGAUGAUGCAGGGAGCGUGAAGCGGAGCAAGGGAGCCGAUGGAGGCCGCGGCGUCGGCGCGGUGGGUCCAGGCGGCUCGCGGACUCGAGGUCAGAGCGUGGUCGACCAGCUCAAGAAGAACGGGGCCAAGGUGAUAAGGUCGCACAGCAAGGGCGAUGGAAUCGGGAGUGCAGAUGGGGGCCGUGCCGACGAGGUUGCCGCACAAGACGGCGGGAAAGGCUUGAGCGACAAGGAGAUCCCAACCGCUCAAACGGCGAUAGAUGGCGGUGCCAGAACCGUCAAGGGACCGUCUGUCGGGGUCGCAGGGACCACGUCGAUUCCCCGAAAACCCCCUGCGGCUAGCAGCGCGCCGGUCGGCCCGUCAGCCGCCAACAACGAUGGGCCGGCCCUUGUGGCUACUCCAGCUGCAGUGGGCCCCUCUGCCGCCAAGGGCGACGCGAAGGAUGCUGCGGCUAACCGCGACGGUCCGUCCGCCUCUAAGGUGCUCGCAGCGGCGAACGCGCUCAGGGAAAUGCUCCACCGCAUGGAGGCCCAUCGCAAGGACGUGCAGCAGCCUCCCUUGGUCGAUGCCGCCCCCGCCGAAGCAGCACGUCGCACGGUCACUCCGCAGGUCGCCGCCACGACGCCCAGUGCCCCACAUACCGCGCUUCUGGUCGCCGCCCAUCCAACUGCGGACCCAAAGUCCGCAUUGCUUCGCGCUCGGUUAGGCGCACGUAGUGCGGCAGCGCCAGCACAGACUUGGCCGGAAGCCGGCUCAAGCGCGACGCCGACGUCGGUAAACGAGGCGGCGGAGAAGGGCGUAAGGGCAGCGCUAGCCACCGGCGGCGGAGCCGUUGACCAUGCACAGGCGUCGAUAGGCCACAACGACGCCGACAUCGCUGCCAUCCAGAACCUGUUGGAAUCGGUAAAACGCCCCGGGCACCCCGCUGCUCUGGCCAUCUCGGACACGGCGCAUGUGGAGCCCUUGGCGAAUCCCCCCGCUGGUUCAGCGGAGCCAAAUACGACCACUGAUACUGUCGGCGAUGGAGAGUCGAAACGGAAGGGGAAGGCCGACACAGUGAAAGGGAGGGCGAGCUCUCAGAGGAAAACACGGGCGAUGUUCGAUGACAUUCUCGGCCAGUAUCGAGCGUACAAGAGCUCAGGCGAUGCGCACCACGACGCGCUCUUGCCGGCGAUCUGGCUCCCCGUCGAUGCCGUCACAAAGGAAGGCCAGGAGAAGUCGGAUGCUAUGAUGUCGGCCAUGAUAGGUCGCGUGUCCAUGUGCGCUGCGUAUGGGAAGGUCGCUGCGAGCACGGCGAGGAAGGAGGGAGACACUGAUGAGAAGACGGCGAUGGCGGCACAAGCGUUAUCGGCCUCCGCUUGCGCCGUGUGGUGCUUAGUCGAGAACGACGACGCCCAGGUGGUCGAUGCUGUGGGCGAAGGGAAGGCGGCGGCGAUGGUGGUCGGUGCGAGCGAGAAGACCGCCGGUGUCUUCAAGGAGGUCAUGCAGGUGGUGCUGGAGGCCGAGAUCGACCGGGAGCAACCCCUGGGGGAGGUUGCGCACAACGUCGCGCCGGCGCUGCAGAGUCUCGCUCUGCACCGGGUCUACCCAGGGGUGGAUCAUGAAGUCGAAGCCGACGUGAUUGCUAGAGCGACAGUGGAGACAUUGGCGUUCUGGGGAAUGUGCCCCGUCGCCGGGCCGAAACUCGAAAAGAUCGGCAUCGCUGUGCCGUGUGACGCGCAGAUGGAGUACGACAUUGAACACAGGGGGAGGAAGGGUCAGAGAGGCAAGCAGGGCAAGGACAGCACGGGGAAGAAGGGGAAGAAGGGCAAGAAGGGCAAGGACAGCACGGCGGCGUAG